AUGUGCCACCAAAUCGCCAAACACUUCCUCUGCGUGUGCCCGGACCGCAACAAUCCGCAAUGCUGCCCACACGCGGCGUGCCUGCGCAUCCGCGCCGAAGCCGCCGUCAACGACGGCGGCGGCGGCUUCGUGGGUACCGGGUGGUACACGCGCAGCUCGCCACGCGGCGGGCAGCGCCACCGCGUGUGGGAGCCGUACGCCACCGUGUGGGAGCACUGCGUGGCCUACCAGCUGAAGCACACGACGACGGAUAAUAAGAAAAGAACCGGCGGGAGGGUGGUGCAGGUGCUGGUACUGGAGGAGAAGAAGAAGGAGGAGGAGGAAGAGGAGGGUGGUGGUGAAGGAACUAUUCAUGCCGAAGCUACCGCCAAGUGUCUUCUGUUCUCACCUGUGUAG